CCCUCCGUCCCUCCGCCCGGCCGGCUGGCCGCUCCCGGCCGCAGCCCCUGCCCUGCCCGCCCGCCUGCCCGCCGCACCAUGGAGUUCUCGGAGAGGAAGCGGAGCAGGAAAUCCCAGAGCUUCAAACUGGUGAGCCGAGAUUAUCACCAUGAGGUCUGUAAGAUCUCAGAAUUCAGCACCGAUGUUAAUGGGAAGGCCAAAGAGACACAACCCAUUUUUUUAGGAGACGAAAGCAUGGAAAUUAAAAAACAAAUUACAGGAAUGAGAAGAUUACUGAAUGACAGCGCUGGGAGGAUCUACCAGCGUGUGGGCAAGGAGGGGGAGAAGUUGAAAGAAGAACCCCAGGAGCUGGAUUCGAUGUGGCCUCCGCGUUUGAACCCUGUGGAGGCCCUUCCGAGCCUGCACCCGUCUUCCCGGGGUGCGUGGAACGAGCUACCAGCCCAGAGCGGGCGGUUCUCAGGGCAGUAUGGUACCCGCUCCAGAACCUUCCAGAGCCAGUCCCACGCCGCCGGGAGCUCCAAUGGAGAACUUCCAGUGGUGAAUUCGUCAGUUGGAUCAAACUGCUGUACUUGUAACUGCCAGUCGACGUUGCAGGCCAUUCUCCAGGAGCUCAAGGCCAUGCGGAAACUGAUGCAGAUUCAGGCAGUUGGAACCCAGAACAGACAACAACCCCCAAUUUCCCUUAUCUGCUCCCAGCGAACUGCCGUCUCGCGCAAGAGAAAUAAAAAGAAAAAAGUGCCCCUGAAGACUGUGGAAUCUCUCACUGUGAAACAGAAGCCCAGUGCGUCAGAAGCCGAGAAGAAGGCGGUGGCGGCCCCCGAGAAUCCCAGUCUCCCCUCGGCCGAGCACACCUCCCCCAGGGAGAACCACAUCCUAGGAUUUGGCAUCGUACUCGAAUCACCAGCCUCUGAUCCAGAAGUGCAACUUGCUGAAGGCUUCGAUGUGUUUAUGCCUAAAUCUCAGCUGGACUCUAUACUGUCAAACUACACUCGCUCAGGAAGCCUUCUGUUUAGAAAACUGGUGUGUGCAUUUUUUGAUGACAAGACUUUGGCUAACUCCUUACCCAAUGGGAAGAGGAAAAGAGGACUCAAUGACAACCGGAAAGGACUAGACCAAAAUAUUGUGGGUGCAAUAAAAGUCUUCACAGAAAAAUACUGCACUGCUAAUCACGUGGAUAAACUUCCCGGCCCAAGAGACUGGGUUCAGAUUCUACAGGAUCAAAUCAAACUGGCCCGAAGAAGGUUAAAAAGAGGCUCAGCAGAGGCAGCUGACGGUGAUGAACGGCUGGACUGCGUUUCUCUACCCCCAACAGGUAAAACACAUCAUCACCUGCUGGAAAAUACAGCCCGUGAGAAUGUUUGCAUUGAAAAUGUUUUUAACAUCAGGGAGGCAGAUGCUUGAGCAAACUGCUUCUGUAAGAGGCCCAACCCCUAGUAAUCAGAGGAGCUCAAUGCCCUGCAUUCAGAGAGAUUUUGCACAUUGCAUAUGAAAAGCUACCGUUUUUUCACAUUCUGUUUCAUCUGCCUGAUAACCUCAGAACAGCAAGUCCUAAGAACUUAGUGUCACAACGUUUUGCCUCCCCAAGCCCUGGGACAUUAAAAAAAAUAUUUUAACAUGAAAUGACAUUUCUGUUUAGAUCAGGGAUCAUCCAUUUUAUGAUGAAAUUCACAUGCGCUCUGGCCUCACUCACCUCCCUCGCAAAAACCUUUGCGAGGCAGUGUCAUCGCGCUUCCUAUCAUGGGCACCCGAUGAAUACUGUGUUUUAAGUGACGGAUUGAAUGUGCUCGAUCCAUCUAGCCUGGGUGGCACAUUCCUCACGCUGUAACCCGAUCAGCUGAAUACACCAUCUCACUGCCACACCUGCUGCAGGGUUAAGCCAUAGACUUAAUUCCGACUUCUUAUUUGACUCUCAAGUAAUCCUUCCGACCCCGGGCUCCUCCCUCUGCAUCGGUUCUCACCCGAGAGCCCGAGGGACAGGUGUCUGAUCAGUGAGCCAUGUGACCAACCCUCAGUUGGUCUCAAGACUCUUUAUUCACUUCCCUCAAAAUACCUGAAGGUUCUCUAACAACCAAACCCAGACACACCGCCCCCCCCCCGCAAAAAAAAACCCUGUAAAUGAAAAAGCUCAACUCAGUGUUUUCUCUCCAUUUGGGGUGGUAAGUUUUAAGUUAGGUCCAGCAAGGAUGAGAGGAGUCGUGAGUCUGUGUAGGAACUCGGCGAGGCCCGUGUUCACAGACAGCACUUACCCUGAGUUCACGGUAUAGCAGAAAUGUACGUUAGCGAACUUCAGAGCAGCCAGAAAACUCGGACACGCAAAUGAUAUGGUGCUUUCUCUGUCACUGAGUAGCUAAGCAACAGAUCGAUGGACAAAUAAUGAAAUGACUGCAGAGGGCAAGAGCAACCGGCUUCUAUCACGUUCUCACUGUAUAUAGUCAUUAUAGAAAUUAUAGAAAGGGGAGUUCUUGUUUGGCUAUGUUUCCACACUUAUGAACCAAGAGAACUGAAAUGCAUGAUCUCUAUUGUUCCUUCCCAACCUGUGCUCCUCUGAGUAUCAGGACAACUCCUAUCAACCUUGUUCUGACCACCCACUCCAGGUAGAGGCAUGAAGCAUUGCUACUAAUGAGGAAACUGUGCCCUUUCGGGAGGCCCUCUGGAGGAACACCUUGCUGUUCUAGUUGUACUUUCCAGGGUUCCUCCCCCAUCAGCCCCCAUGACCCCAGGACAUUUGCACUGCCCGUCCUGGCCACCAUCUGACACAGUGGGCUUUUAAGAAGUAUUAUUAUUGGAAAACCACUCCCUUGAAAUAAUACCUUUGCCUUUACCUGUCUGAAGAUGGAGGCAGAGAGAUGUUUCAGAUGAGAACAUUGACAUACAGGAUGGUAGAACCACCUCAUGGAAGUGAAAAGAAUUUCCAGGAAUCUGAGAAAGAAGGCGUGUUAGAGAUCAUCUAGUCCCGUCCCUUCUUUUUAUCCAGUCCUUUUAUUUUACAGGUAAAAAAGCCUGAGGCCCAGAAACACUAAAUGACUUUCUCAAGGUCUCACAGCUGGUUGGUGGCCUGGCCGGAGCCCAGGCCUCUCAACUCCCAGCCAGUCCACCGCGUAGCUUUCUUACACCUUCUCUGCAUGUCUCCUAAAGAUCCUAAGAGGUGAUGGAUGUCCUAAUCCCUCUAGGAUUCCAUCUCAGUGUCACCCCGUCUUCACAGUUAGAGUGUCUGGCGUAAGUCAGCCUGAAGUCCGCUGCAGCUUCAGCUCUCAGGUUCUUCCCAAGAAGACCCUACCCAAGGCCGUGAGGCCCUAAGGAGGAAAAUAGUAGGACCCCUCCUGCAGUUUUUUUCACUAGACUCCUGAUAGAUAUUUGAUACAAAUCACUAAACAGCAUGAUAAAUAAUACCACUUAUCACCUGGAAAAUGGGAAGAGACGUCACGGAUUGGUGCCCAAAUUUUGCAGUAAUGGAAUUAAACAAUCUUGAUUAGACUGGCAUGUCUCUGGAGUGCCCCUCACAUAAAAGCCCAGUCUGGGGCUUCUCUGAACACAGCACCACGACUUAGUCCUCCCCCCUUUUACGUGUCUCCUUAAUGAGACCGUCCGAGGGAUGAGCUCCACCUUUCUCGUCCAUGCAGCUUCUUCCCUGGAUUGGAGACUCACUGGCCAGACCUUCCUCAUCUGGUCCGUCUGAGCUGGCAACCGUUGGUCCUUUUUAAAGAUUUAACAGUGCCUUUAUUACCUUAUUAAGGUCUUUUUUCUCCUCCCAAAUUCAUGCGUGUUGGGAAGGGGUGGGACGGGGGAAUAAAUCCCCAAGUGUUUCGAUGAACCAGAAACGACCAGGCCACGGUUACAGUCAGGUGUCAGAUGACAUUUAUCUCAGUCCGUUAACACUUAAGCAAACUUCUGUUUGUCUAGCUUUAACAAAAAUGGAUACAGAUUUUUCGAGUGGAAAAACAUAUUUUCUUAAUUUCUUUUCCCUCGACCCUGUCAGUAAGCGUUUUUGAGCGAUGCCAGGAGUCAGCACUGAGUUAGGUGCUGGUGAACAAAUCCCACCCUCAGACCAGAGGCAGAGGCUACUACAGCCCAGGGGUGGAGACAGAGCUCUGAUAAAGGAGAAAAACCACCAUAAGGGAACAAUUUUGGGGGGGAAAGAGUACAGAGAAUAAAAUCAAAACAGUACUGAAAUUUAAAGGAGGCCUCUGGAUUUGAAAUAGAACAGUGCAGAGCGCACCUAGGCUUAGCAUUUUUUGCUCAUAAAUUGGCCUUCUUUUGCACACAUUUUAGAAAUUAAUACAGAAAAGUGUAAGGAAGAAAAUGCAAAUUACUUUUACCCCCCAGAGACAACCAUUAUCGUUGGGUGUUUUUUCCCAGACUUUUCUCUAUAUUUUUUUAAUUCAUAUAAUGGAGGUCAAAUCCAUCCAAUUUUGUUUCCUAAAGUUUUGUUCUGUUUGGUUUCACCACCUAACAAGCAUUUCCCAUUUUAUUACAAAUCUCCACACACAUUAUUUUAAUAGCUGCACUAUAUUCCAUCUUACAGGCCAUAUUGUAUUUUAUUUAGCCAUUUUCUACUCCUGGAUGAUAGAUAUGAACAUACUCUAAUAGGAACCCACAUUCAUGGGUUUUCCUGUAAAAAUCAUCAUUACAGAUUUCUAAUGACUAAAAUUACUCAUUCGGCACACCUAAAGCCUUGGCUAAAAAAUACUGAUUUAGAGGUGAAACACAGACACCUUACCAAUGAGGUCCUGCGUCUGGCCGUGUCAUAGACAAGCGUACAACCCUUCCUUAGAGAAGCGGCCCCCCUUCACUUUCUUGUCUCUGUUGUAGGUCAUAUAUUUGACACCAGGAGAGAAAACACGGAAGACACAGAGACAGCUUUCACUGCCUAGACUUCCCUUUAGCGACACUUCUUAGCGCACGCAUCUCCUCCAUUGGAAUUUCCUCAAAGAUCCACUAGCAUUUCAGGUUACUGCAAAGUGUGGGCGUUCUGUGAAGCUGACCCGUCACGUUUGAAUAGUUUUCAUAUUCUUUCUUUGUAAUGUGUGAUAAUCAAGCCCCCAAUUUGGUCUAAGAUUUUUAAAAAUCAUCUUCAGAGUUGAAUUCUCAGCCUUUAAAUGUCCAGCAUAUCACUGGGUUGGUUCAAUGUCCAUGAAAAAGAAGCAGUUUUAUUUUCCCUGUUUUUUUUCUUUUUCUUUUUCAGUGUGAAUAUGGUAUAGAGUUUUGAAGCGUAUUUAUUUUAAUGUAAAUUGCUUAGUUGCAGUAUAGAGGAGAAUGGCUCUUUCCUGACCAAGGAAGCAGUGUUGAAGGCCAAACUUAAUUAGAAUCUUCAACAGCUUAGAAGAUGGAAAAGUUGUUUUGGGAGACAGGACAGCUCUGAUCUAUUAGAUGAAAUCAUUUGUGGCAUCAUUUUCUCCCCAGAAUAAUCAUUUGUCACUGAUAAGUGCAAACGAUACGUAAAUUCUUAGGAAAGAAAAAUCUUUCACGUAGGCUGUGUCAACACAGUGACAAAAUAACUAAUUAAAAGGUGAGAAGCUCAAAGUAACCAGCUAUCCACAUGACACCUGACAACUAUUUUAACAGAUGGUUUUAGCUGAGUGGUCCAGGGUUGUGGCAUCAUGUGGCAACUGGCCACAAAUGUACUUGAUCUUAUAUACUUCACAUGGCUCUGGUACACUUGCCCCCCGCUUUAUAUAAAACCAACAAGUGAAAAUGUGGAUUCAUUUUAAAGAAAUAUUUUGGGCAUGUGGGUAUUUGUUUCACAGAGAUAUUUACCUCCAGAUUCCUUUCUCUAGUAAGGUGGUGAAUUCAAAAUGCCUGUUUAUUUGGAGGCAUUGCAUUUACACUUCGUUUAUUGUAUAAAGCAAAUUACCGUGAAGUUUUGGCACUUGACCCAAAGGCCAAAAGUUGGCUUGAAAGAACUUUGGACAGUAGAAACACCAGACCCCCGGGACGUGGGGAGGGGAAACGCUGUGCUACCAUUUAACACACGUCCCUGGCACUUACUUUAUCAAAUCGGAGAGUGUAAGAGCUCAGAGUUACCGUUAGUCCCACUCCCUCGGUUUGUGGUGAGGCAGCAAAGGAGGAAUGAGGAUCACGGAUGCCCAGCGCCGGGCAACAAGCCAUCAAUGGGCUAGCCAAGCUGGGAACCUCAGUUCCUGACUACCCCAUCCCAGGUACCUGUACCAUCACGUCACUCGGGGCAGCUAACCCUGGGCUAGGAGGGGAGCUCUAGGGGGAGGCAGUACCCACUAAAGACCAGCUAAUCAACCCAAGACCAUAGGAGGCAUUCCUGUGAUGUGACAAAGCUGGUCUAGGCGUGGCUUAUGGAAUCAAUCCACCUGCUAGACAGCUACAUCUCAUACACAUGUGUCUUUUAUCUUCUUUUCGGAGCCUCAAGGAAGGUUCAGAUCAAUGGUUUCCAUCACAGGUUUACCUAGCCUUUUCGAUUUCAGGCCAGUUAGUAACCCCUUCCCUGACACCAGCCUCUCUGUUCGUCAAGGAGUCUAAUGAAGUAUUGUGAACCCAGGCUUUUGUUUUUCUGCAAGAUAUGUUGUAAAAGUUGUCUUCUGCCUCUCAGAAGGAAGCCUUUCUCAAGGGAAUUGAAAAGAUUAAUUAGUGACCUUUCAACUCUGUUACAGUAAGAUGAAUACAUUGCAAAUAAAAGUAGAAACAUUUACCUUACAGCUGUGGAAUCUGUUAAAUAUACACCAUGAACCUUCAAAGCACUUCCUGCCAAGACUGGGCGAGAGCUUGAAUUUUUCACUACUUGAGGGGUGGGUGGGGAUUGUUCGGCUCUCGGAUAUGUGCAAUGGAUUCACAGAUUGGAAAUACACAGCAUAAAACUGCAACCGUAAAAUCAUAUUUUAUAAAUUAAAACUGUGUUUACUUAACUGCGACUACUGUUCAGACUUCAUUCAGAAAUCCUUUUUAUAGGUUUUCUUAGCAAAAAAAAAAAGAAUUAUUCCAUACCUAUGGAUAAGGUCUCAAUCUUCUGUAUGUAUGUUUUAUUAAUAUGUAAAUAUUUAGAUUUUUUUAAGAUUACUAUGUUCUUUAAAAAAUAUUCAACACAAGGCUAGUUGUGAAAAUGGUGUAUAACACGUGCUGUGAUAUCAAUUUCCAAGAUGCCCUUUA